UUUCCCCUUCCAGAAAGCCCGAGCUGGAUCCGGUUCACGUUUGGCCCAAAUCCGCUCUUUGGCUCAAGGGAGGAGCGAGGCUAGCAGGUCUGACUGGCUUUGGGGCUUCGAUGGCUGCACGGUGAGAAGAGAAAGAGGAAAGAAUCCACACGCGUUUUAGCCCCCACGUUCCCCCUGCAUCACUUUCCCUGUUGCUCAGCCUGCCCUCUUCUCACCAUGUUUUUAACGGCAACACUCAGCGCCUUGUUUCUCCUGGGAGGCCUGCCCUCUGGGGCCACAGGGUCUCACGGCCACAUCUCUGUGAUCCUCCUUGGCGCCACAGGAGACCUAGCCAAGAAGUACCUGUGGCAGGGACUGUUCCAGCUCUACCUGGACGAAGUGAGCCAUGGACACACCUUCACAUUCUAUGGGGCUGCUCAGGCAGAGCACGAGAGAGGCCAGAAGUUGAUGUUCGAUCGGCUGAAGAAACUGACGUGUCCGUCAGACGUGUCUCCGAACCGGUGCGCCAUGGUGAAGGACCAGUUCCUCAGACUGACGCAGUAUCACCAGCUUAAAACAGCAGAGGACUACGCCAUGCUCAGCAGGGAUAUUGCUACUCUGCUCAGCCAGGAAGACUUGGAGGAAGCGGGCAGGAUUUUCUACUUCUCUGUACCCCCUUUUGCCUACGCAGAGAUUGCCCGCCACAUCAACAGCAGCUGCAGGCCACGUCCUGGGGCAUGGCUACGUGUGGUCCUGGAGAAACCGUUUGGCCACGAUCUCAAGUCUGCCCAGCAGUUGGCUGAUGAGAUGAAGACCUUUUUCCAGGAAGAGGAGAUGUACCGGGUGGACCACUACCUUGGCAAGCAGGCUGUGGCCCACAUCUUGCCCUUCCGAGACCAGAACCGACGCUAUUUGGACCCGAUCUGGAACAGACAUCACAUCGAGAGGGUGGAAAUUGUUCUGAAGGAGACAGUAGAUGUGAAAAAUCGCACCAGCUUCUACGAAGAGUACGGGGUCAUUCGUGACGUCCAUCAAAACCACCUCACCGAAGCCUUGAUGUCUCUCGCCAUGGAGCUUCCGGCGAACGUCGGCAGCUCCGAAGAGGUUCUCCGAAGCAAACUGAGGACUUUCCAGUUGCUGCAAGGCCUGGAGAAAAGCUGCGCUGUGGUUGGGCAGUACAUGGACUACAACAGCCACGUGAGGGAGGAGCUUGAAAAAGGGCCGGACCAUUUCAGCCGAACGCCCACUUUUGCUGGAGUGCUGAUUCAUCUGGACAGCCUGCGCUGGGAAGGAGUGCCUUUUGUCCUCGUCUCAGGAAAAGUCCUGGACGAACGAGUCGGCUACAUCCGUCUCCUGUUCAAGAACCGGGCCUUCUGCACCCAGAACGAAACCAUGUGGAGCAGCGAGAACAGCCAAUGCAAACCCAGGCAGGUCAUUUUCUACAUUGGGCACGGGGAGCUGAAUUCCCCUGCUGUCCUGGUGAGCCGCAACCUGUUCAGACCCGACAUGCCCGAAGACAGCUGGAAGGAAGUGGUGGAUCGCCCUUGGCUGCGUCUCUUUGGACAGCCCCUCUCUGAUUAUUACACCUACAUCCCCAUCCAGGAGAGAGACCCUUAUUCCGUCCUCCUCUCUAGGAUCUACCAUGGUAAGAAGGACUCCUUCAUCACCACCGAGAACCUGCUGGCAUCUUGGGAAUUUUGGAGCCCAUUGCUGGACAGUUUAGCUGGGGAAGUGCCUCGUUUGUACCCUGGAGGCCGACAAAACGAACACCUCCUGGAUUUUGAGAUGGCAGGCAGAGAACUGUCCUUUGCAGUGAAGGAGGCGCUAGAGGUGAUGCAGGCUAAGGAGGAGCAAACACCAGAUCAGUACAAGACCCUCCAGUCCAGAUUCCGGCAAAACCAACUGGUUACUGCUUGGCCGGAAGAACUGAUCAGCCGCCUGGCAUCUGACAUAGAAGCGGCAGCCGCCAGUGCCGUAGAGAGAUCUGGCGAGUUCCACCUGGCGCUUUCCGGUGGAUCGAGCCCUCUGGCUCUGUUCAGGCAGCUAGCUGUACAUCACUACAAUUUCCCUUGGAAGCAUGCCCACUUGUGGCUGGUGGAUGAACGCUGUGUCCCUCUCACUGACCCAGAAUCCAAUUUCAGGAACCUGCAUGACCACCUUAUCCAACACGUCCGAGUCCCCUACUACAACGUCCACCCAAUGCCGGUACACCUCAACCGGCGACUCUGUGUGGAGGAGGACAAGGGCCCGGAGCUGUACGCCAACGAGAUUGCGGCCUUGGUGACGAACGGCAGUUUUGACCUCGUCCUCCUUGGGGUGGGGGUUGACGGGCACACGGCUUCAUUGUUCCCGCACUCCCCCGUGGGCCUCGAGGGGAGCCAAGAUGUCGUGUUCACCGAGAGCCCCUUCAAACCUCACCAGCGGAUGACUCUCAGCUUGCCGCUCAUCAACAAAGCCAAGCAAGUGUCCGUGCUGGUGAUGGGGAAAAGAAAACACGAUAUUGUGACCCUGAUUAGCAGGGCGGGACACGAGCCCAAGAAAUGGCCCAUUUCUGGGGUCAGUCCCCGUUCUGGCCACAUAGCAUGGUAUGUGGACUAUGAAGCUUUAUUCAGAUGAUCUGUAGUGCUAUCCACCGCCUCCUCUUCUGUCGUUUAGGAUCUCUUGUGGUUAUAACAGCUGCUUCUCUAGAAUUCUAGAGGGGGCUUGUUUCGUGGGUGAGAUUAAGAGAUUCAGUGCCUAUUAACGACAGAAGCACAGGUGUUUUUUAAAUGUAUCAGAACAUGUGCCCUCUUUGCAAGUACGGUUUCCUACAGGGCCCAACCAGAUCUUUCCCCUCACCCCCCUCCCCAGUUUAGAAGGUGAUAAUUGCCUUCCUUGGCAUUUGAGUCUCUCCAGCAUCCAUAAUUUAGGAUUCUACUGUCACUGCACAUGGAGGUUCCAUUUAUCGAUCCCCAACAGACCUUCCUUUUCCUGUGAUUUUGUCUAAUCCUUUUGUUGAAGCCAUUAUAAGUGGCCCUCCAUGGCCAUAUCUUGUGGCAGAGCGUUCCAGUGGCCAGUGCUGGUGAGUAGGAGGAGCUAAGUGCCAAAAGACAUUUUCCAAUUCCUUCUGCCAUGUUCACCUUCACCACUGUGUGCCUCUGUUUUUCCUCUCCUCUACAGAGAGAGGAUUUGACCUACCUCGCAGGAACAGCCCAGAACCCUUUUGGAUGACUGAAUUAUGAGGAAAGGUUGAUAAAUUUGUGGAGAAUUUAUCCUUGGUCUUUGGCUCAAGGUCCUUGCGGUAGCUCGGGUUGUAUGUAUGCACUGUGGGGGAAGAACCCCAAAAUCUUGAAGGUUGCGCAAAAAUGCAAAAUUUGUGCAUUUUAAUUUGCAAAACUUAUGGCUUCUACUGCUUAGACCUGCCUUGGGCCUUCUGGAGUCACUCUGGGUGUUUCCCCCUGCUCAAGUGGAGGGUUAAAACAUCAGACAUCUUUGUGAUCCCUUCUCUUAGAGCAUAUGCUUGGGAGGAAGCCCUCCUGAGUUCAGUGGGGCUUACUCCUGAGAAAAUGAGCAACCCAGUAGCCUGAGCUGAUGCAUUCCUAACCUUGCCCUGAGCCUACUUGUUUCAGGUCAGUAAUGUGAGAAGGUGCUCUUUGUUGGGGUAAAAAGGCAUUUUCUCACAUUGGGUUUUUUGCAAGAGGGGCUAGGUCAUGCCACAAGGUGGAGCUAUUUCCUAGGAAUUAGGAUACUUCGGUGCAGAAUUCUCACGAAUGGUACGAUACAAAAACCUUUAUUAGGCAUUAAACCAAUAAUUCCAAUAUGAUUUCUAUUGGGGUUUUAUGUAGUUCAGGAGCCUUCAGAGUUCCCUUGUGUCUUUUAGAUGAUGCCCUGGGAAAUCCAGGGAAGCUUUUCCCAUUUCCCUUGCAGAGAAGAUGAUAGAGGACACGCUUGCUUCCCCACUACCAUCUUCCCAUAAAAUGGAGGGGGGGGACUGCAAGGUGUGUCCUAGGUCACUUUCUUCAUAAUGCAUCUGAGAAUCUCAUGCAAGAUGCCGGGUCUCCCACUGCAGAUUUGCAGAGGGGCUCUUGUCAGAUGAGUCGCUCUUGAAGUGGCUUCAUUGCAGCUAGAAAGUGUGAAAGAUCAGACCAAUGGGAAUACACCAGAGGCUGAUUUGUGCAAGUACAUCCUGAAUAUUCAGCCCAAUGGGAAUACACCAGGGGCUGAUUUGUGCAGGCACAUCCAUCGCUUGAUGGGCUAACACAUCAAGCAGCCACACACACAAGUGAGGAAGACACUGUAGCUAGAGCAUUGAAAACAGAACUUUGCAAAAACUUUGCUCUGCUGUCCCAUGAGACAUGGGUGUCUGCCACCAGCUGGAGGGUUUGAUAUGUUGCAGAGUGCCUUGGAGAUCAUUGGGUGGAAAAGUGGGGCAUAAAUCUUUAAAGUCAGUGCUGCAGUGAUUCCCAAACUUACAAAAAACUAGAAGGCACAUUUUACCCAUUAAACCUCAUGUGGUUUCCUUUUAGUGAAACGUGUAGCCUCCUCUUGGGGUGGGUCAUUGAGUUGACUCUCAGCACUGAUAAUGAUUGAAUGAUAAAAUUGCACUUGGCUUACAAAUGUAAUGAAAUUAUCCAUUCCCCAAUGGAGACUGAUUAGGAGUCAAGGUCAGAGCAGUAGAUCGUACAGAGGUACAGCGAGCACCCUCCUCCUUCCUUACUACUUACUUCUUACACAACAUAGUUGGGAACCGCUGCUCCGGUAUACACAAUGCGUGCCUUUACUUAAAUACUGCCAACCCUUCAGGGGUCUCUGAAAAGGAUGCUAACUUAUUCCUGACUUUCUGUGCCCGCCCACCCGUAGUUUAAUUCUGCUGAUACUUUUAAACAAAUGAAAAGCGUCAUCAACGUCAGCCCAGAGGAAUCAGCAUUUUAAGUGUUUUUAUGUGCCUUUUUAAAUUCAGACACUGGAAAUAUGUUUUUAUUUUUAUGAAUUGUAAGUAAUAAUAAGCUCUUGUGCCAAAAAAUUGAUACAUGUUGAUUUUUUGUAGAGAGGGCUGUGAGCUCUCUUUUGCUCAAAAGGGAAAAAAAGUGUAUUGUGUUGGUGACUGA